CGCAAUUGACGUUAUCAAACGAGGUGAAUGAUUUUGUAAUUUGAAAUGCUAAUUAGUGGUAAACGCCUCAGAGAACACAGGAACAAUGUGGAAAUCACUGAUAGUGGCCGUGAGCCUUCUAGAAAUAUUCGGCGAGUGUCGGAUGGGACAUGGCAAACACUCCGACAGGUGGGAAACCAACGAAAUAUCAGACCCCUGGAGAGCCGAUCCGCCAGACCAUACGAAACUUGUUGCCAUGGCCCGAUACGUUCUACAUAAUUGUGAUUGGGCUUCCAUCGCCAGUAUAUCCGUGCUGCCGGCCAUCGAAGGGUUUCCUUUCUCGAAUGUGAAGUCGGUGGUGGACGGCUCACUUGCCAACUCUACAGGCGUGCCCUACUUCUACAUGUCGCCCUUGGAUUUCACUGCUCGCGAUUUAGCGAAAAAUACACGCGCUACUAUCUUGGUUUCAUUGGAAGAAACCAGAUUUUGUGAAAACCAGAAAUACGAUCCAGAAGAUCCUCGCUGCACUCGAUUAAUGUUGUCUGGAAAAAUGAAGAAGGUCAAAGGAGGUACUCCUGAGUAUACGUUUGCCAAGGCCGCUUUGUUUGAGAGACAUCCGGCGAUGGCCACGUGGCCUACAGAUCACGAUUGGUUCAUUGCGAAAAUGAAGAUCGCUCAAAUAGCAAUGGUGGAUUGGUUCGGAGGAGCCAAGUACGUGUCGGUGAAGGAUUACCUCGCCUACAACUACACAGGCACCGAGAUGCUUGACCAUUUUAGUCAUACUAGAAACUAAAAUAAACCUGUAUGAAGAAUAUAGGCAUCAAAAGCCAAUGAAGACUUACUUGAUGUAAUAUCCCUUUAUGUAUGGUUUACAACUCCUUCACAGUAAUGGGCAUGACGACAAAAUAUAUCGAUUUUCAAUUAUGUCAGUAUAGAUCUUCUAUUUUUCGCAAUUUUGUCAUACUACCUACUUUAAAUGACGCGCGAAAACGCCCGUGUCAUGGAUUAUGACGUCACAAAUCAAUAAAAACUUCAAGGGUCGCUAGUAAUUACUGAGUCCUGACGUCAUUCAUCCUGAUUUGUGUUUCAGUUACGAUUUUUGAUUACUUUCAUACUGUUAUCAUGCCUAUUGCGUUGCAAUGUGUUUAUUUAACGCACAUCGAAUGCAAAAUAAACUCGUAGUGCCAAUAAUUAUGCCAAUACGUAUUGAAUUUGGUAAAUUCAAACUGAUUCCACAUAAAUACAAAUUUUCAUUAUAUUACAACGAACUUAUGACCCCUUUUCAACUGCGCAAUAUGUAUGCCUAUUAUGUGACCCCAGUUGGUAGUACCACAUUCUAUUAUUUUAAUGUUACCACCCCAAGUUACGUAGACGUAAGAGAGUAGUACUCUAGAGAGUUAAUCGUUAUUUUGCUGUUCAUCCGAUUUCAUGGUCGAGGGUAGUUCUAACAUUGCAACGGUUUGGAAAUAUUCAAGGGUAAACAUUAUUUAUAAAAAAAAAUACUGUUUCUUCUUAUGGUGAAUUGGAAAUAAAAGAGGAAAUGUUUAAAUAAAAAGAUUACAUGCAAUUCUGGGGUAAACUAUCCCAAGAAAAACUUAAAAAAAAAAAGUUAUAUAAUACUUCCAAUAUAGACAUUUUGCCUACAAUUAUUAUACACAGUAUAAUCAUUCGUUUUUUUCAAACGUAUGGACAACGUUUUACUCUGUAUAAUUGACACCCUGGUUUGUUGUAAUAAUCUUUCAUAUUUUUAUAUAAAGUGUUUAUACAAUAUAAGAGGUAUGUAUACGAUAUGUAUAUUGGUAAGGUAAUUGGAUAGAAAUGUGAUAUAUUAAAAAAAAAGUGAUACAAUAAAAUUCGAUUAAUUAUUAAA